AAAACCAUACUUAUUAGAGUCGAGUAUACUGAGGAGAAAGAGAAAAGACGUGUAAGACGAUGGGAGUCGUGGCGAUCGUGGUGGUCGGGAUUGGGGCAAUUAUGAGCUUUGCUUCAGUUGCAUAUGCUCACAAGGGAACUGCCACUUAUUACACGCCUCCUUAUGUUCCCUCAGCAUGCGACGGCUACAAGGACGACGGCGUGAUGAUCGCCGCCGCUAGCGACGCAAUUUGGGACAACAAAGCGGCAUGCGGGCGGAAGUAUAAAAUACGAUGCACGGGAGCCACAAACCAAGGUGUUCCGCACCCUUGCACGGGGCAAAGCGUGGUUGUUAGGAUAGUCGACUACUGCCCGUCGGGUUGCAGCGGCACCAUUGAUCUCUCUCAAGAAGCAUUCUCCGUUAUUGCUGAUCUUGAUGCCGGCAAAGUCAACAUCAAAUUUCAUCAGGUUUGAAACGUAAGAUAUUUGGAACGAUGGAUGAUGAUUCUGAAUAAAUGGGCAGCUUGCCGCAAAAUAAAGGUGUUUAAGUGCUAGGGCUGCUGAAGCAUUUUCUACUGUAAUUUAUAUUAUAUAUUCUGUUUUCUUUUAUGUAUGCACAUUACGUGUAUAAAAGUGCUUUAUUUGGUGUA